CUUUGGGAUAAGCAACUUCUAUGUGCAAAGCAAAAAGAUACAUAAAAAUCUAGGGGUUGGAAGCUGCAUCUUUCUCUUGCUUCGGCUCAUGAUACAUAAUCGAGUCCUUACGAACGGUGCAAGAGCAGCACGAGGCCUAUCCAUCGAUGAUUCCCGUCCUCGAUGUCAGAAUGCAAAAGAGGAUGUCCUACACUGUUUUCGUGACUAUGAAAGCUCAAGAAGAGUGGAGGAAAUGGAUUGGAGAUCACCUUUGGCAACAAUGGCAGGGAAUGAAUUGUGCCGAGUGGAUACACCACAACUUGUCUAGAGGAAAUGUGAAAAUUGAACAUGGCUUAUCGUGGGACGCUGCUUUUGCUGCCAUUUGCUGCUUUAUAUGGCUAGCUCGGAAGAAGGUGAUAUUUGAAGGUGAUAAUGAAUGGAUCACAGCGAAAGAAGCUAUGCUCAGAUUUCACCUAGCGGACGCUGCAUUCUAUUCGAGGAAUAAUUCUCUCGCCGGAACCAUGCGUAGGGAGCAAUUCAUUGGAUGGAAAAGACCUCCAACAGGCUAUAUCAAGAUCAAUGUAGAUGGCUUAGCUAAAGGAGCCCCUGGAUAUUCAACAACAGGGGGACUAUGUCGAGAUUCUACAGCAGAGAUUAGUGCUUUGGUUUCACUCAGCAACUAAGCAUGGGUUACGCAAUACGUGCGGAACUAGUUGCGAUUUGGAGAGGCUUGCAACUGGCAUGGGAUAAAGGGUUCAAGAAAGGCAUUAUCGAAAC